AUGAGCCUGGUGAAGCUGGGCACCCACGUCCUCACUGGGGAGAAGGUGGCGGUGAAGGUGCUCGAGAAGGAGCGGAUCGUCGAGGUGGCGGACGUCGAGCGCGUGGCGCGGGAGGUGUACAUCCUCAAGCUCAUCCGCCACCGCCACGUGGUGCAGCUGUACGAGAUCAUCGAGACCUCCUGUCAGUUAUACCUCAUCAUGGAGUUCGCUUCUGGGGGGGAGCUCUUCGACCACAUCGUGAGCUGUGGGCGCGUGGGCGAGCCGGAGGCGUGCCGGUUCUUCCGGCAGAUCAUCGACGGGGUCGAGGAGAUCCACUCCAUGAACGUUGUGCACCGGGACCUGAAGCCAGAAAACCUGCUUCUCGACGAGCACCAGCACAUCAAGAUCGUGGACUUCGGCCUCAGCAACACGUACAGGGAGGGGCAGCUGCUCGUGACCGCCUGCGGGUCGCCGUGCUACGCGGCGCCGGAGAUGAUCGCGGGCAAGAAGUACGUUCCGUCCCUGUGCGACAUGUGGAGCUGUGGCGUCAUCCUCUUCGCUAUGAUAUGUGGGUACCUGCCGUUCGAGGACCAGAACUCGUCGGUCCUUUACCGCAAGAUCCUCGCCGCGCAGUACUCCAUCCCCAGUUUUGUCAGCCCCGGGGCCAGGAACGUUAUCGAGGGGCUGCUCACGACGGACCCGCAGCAGCGGAUGACCUCCUCGAAGCUGCGGCAGCACCCGUGGUUCAGCCUGGUCCAGCCCGACUGCUUCCUCUCGAGGUCUCCGAGCGCCCAUUUCCAUCACUUCGAGGACGACGUGCUCGAGGAGCUGGAAAAGUUUGGCUUCCCGACCGACCAUACGCUGAGGUGCCUCCGCAUGAACAAGCACAAUGCCGUAACCACCACGUACCACCUGCUAGCACAGAAGAAGCGGCGCGUACUUCGGCAGGACCCGCUCGAGCAGGUCUCCCUGUCUGGCCUCCUCGAGGCAGACGUGGCGGCAGCCGCAGCGAGCGCGGCGUCUGCGCCCGCGGCUGCCACGGUGGCUGCGGCGACGGCGGCGGCAGCUGCGGCGGCCGCGGCCGCAGCCGCGGCGGCCGCGGCGACCGCCUCGGUGGGCAGCGGCGCACAGGCUGGCGCACUCGACAGCGGCCAGCAUGUGCCGCCCUCGAGGUUCAGGCCGCGCGACCGGCUGUCGCUGGCCGCGGCGCACCAGUCGCCGGAGGGCGUGGUGCACCACCCGAACAGCCCGAGGACCGGGGGAGCCGCUGGCGUCCGCGCCACCUCGCCCAGUGCCGCCUCGGAUGCCGCGCCGAGCGCGCCCAGCCGCAGUGCCCGGGCCACCUGGGCAGGCAGCAGGCCGGCCGCGGCGGCGGGCCUGGGCGGCGCGCUCGGCGCGGCCGCCGCGGGCAGGCCGAGAUUCGCCAGGCAGUCCGCCGGCGAGGCGCCGGCGGGCGCCUCGCCGAGGCAGCACCCGUCGGCGAGCGCGGCGGCUGCUUCGGCGGCGCAGCGGGGCUCCAGGAGCGCGCGGCACAGCGUGGACGCGCUGGGAUACUCGCCGCGCUCGCUGAGCUCCUCGCUGCCCGUCGGGGCGGCCGCCGCGGGGCCGCCCCGGGGCGGGGCCAGCUCGCCCAGGUGGUCGGAGCGCCCGAAGUCCAGCCGCCUGGCGACGCCGCGGGGCGGCCCAGCGGAGGAGCUGGCGCCGCAGGGCCAGGCGUCGCUGUCGCCGAGGGCCGUGGACGCCGCUGCCGCCCAGGAGGCCGCGGCGCCCGCGCCGCUGUCCGCGCGGGAGGCCCGCGAGAGCCUGCGGGCGGCCUACGACAGCCUGCGGACCUCGUCGAAGCCGCCCCGCAUGAUCGUGCAGGAGCUGCGGCGCGUGAUGGCGGCGCAGCACGUGGCGUGCAAGCAGGUCUCGGCGCUCGUGCUCCGGUGCCAGUGGCUCGGCCUCAAGUUCGAGGUGGAGGUCGCCCCGCUGGACCGCCUCGGGUCGAUCCACGCGGUGAGGAGCAGGCGGACCGCUGGGGAGCUGUGGCAGUACAGGGACGUUUGCAGCCGCCUGCUGGCCGAGCUCCGCAUCGCCUGAGCGCCUCCCCCCCCCCUGGGCGUUGUUGCUGCUGCUCCUCCUCCUCUCCUGUUCCGCCUCCUUCUCUCCUCCUCCU